ACAUUUAUAGAGUACAACGAUGAGUUAUUGAGCAUAGAAAAAAGCAACCUCGAUUAUCAUGAUGCUGAAGCAAGAGAAGAGGUGGUACACGUUAAUACAAAACUUUCUUCCAAAUUGCAAAUGUCGACGCGGAAGAGAAGAAACACUAGACUUUCGAAAUCUUCCUGUUAUAAUUCUCCUGAACAAUUUAAUCCAUCGUUUGAAUCCGCUGUAGAAAAUCAAACUCCAGAAUUUGCUUCUUCCGUUCGCAGUUAUUAUGGAGUACUCCCUGUGCAAAAUGGGUCAACUUCCAAAAGACAGGUUUUUAGUGAUAUUACAAAUGCAACUCCUUUGCAAAAUACAAACAGCUCAUCAAGGUCCAAUGGUAUCAGCUAUGAUAGGGGAUUGUAUGAAUUUCUACAUACGCAAGCAAAAUCAACGGUUACACAAACAUUUGAGCAUGAAGUUAGUGGUUCAUAUCCAAGUCAAGACAGCAAAAAUGCUAGGCAGAGACGCAAAAGCAUAAUGGAUCGGAAGAAAAAUUCUGAGCGAUUUGUCAAGUCCCUAAAUAUCAGUAAAAUGAGUGAUUUAACCAAUUAUUGGGAUGUGGGUGAUCCCACUUAUGUUUGUAAACAUUGUGGAGCACAAAUGUGGUACGAAGAGAGAAUUAAGAAAGAUCGUAAGGCUACCGUUCCUGAGUUUAGCAUGUGCUGCGCCAAUGGAAAAAUUAAACUUCCUUUGUUAAAAAAAGCUCCUGAAACAUUGCUUGAACUGCAUGAUAAUUCAAGUAUAAGGAGCCACCAUUUUUUACAAAAUAUCCGUCUGUAUAACAUGCUUUUCUCCUUCACAUCCUUUGGGGGAAAAGUUAAUGGGUCAGUAAAUGAUGGUUCAGGUCCUUACUGUUUUAGAGUUGGAGGACAAGUUUAUCAUGCAAUGGGCAACCUUCUUCCCCUUGAUUUUCAUACUCCAAAAAUUUACAGAUCAAACAAUAAUGAAGAUUUGCUCGAUCAAAGCAUUGUCCUAUCAUUGAAGGAGAUGUUAGAUAAACACAACAGUAUUGUCCAAUCUUUUCGCUAUGCUAGAGAUCGUUAUAACGAAGAUCAACUCAAAGGCGUGAGAUUGAGGCUUAUUCGAAAGUGUGGCAAUGAUGGAAGACUUUAUAAUCUUCCUUCCGCAUCUGAAGUAGCUGUUUUAAUUGUUGGAGAUAUAGACACCGCGAUGGGUGAUAGGGACAUCAUUGUUGAGACACAGGAUGGAGUUUUAAAGCGCAUUGAUGUUAAACAUCCAUUAUAUUUGGGUUUGCAGUAUCCUUUGUUAUUUCCUUACGGUGAAGAAGGUUAUCGCGAUGAUGUCCAUCGUAAUUCAAUUUCUACUGGUAGGACAAACCCAAGAUCAACUAUCAGCAAUAGAGAAUUCUUUGCAUUUAGACUUCAGAUCAGAUUAGGAGAGUCCCAAGUUCUCCAUCAAUCUAGAAAACUUUUCCAACAGUUCUUGGUUAAUGCUUAUACAAUGAUUGAGCACGAACGUCUUAAUUUCAUUCGUUACAAUCAGGCUAAUCUCAGAGCUGAUUUGUACGAAAAUGUAGUACACGCGUUUGACAGAGGAGAAGAUACAGCGGUCAAAACAGGCAGGCGUAUUAUUAUACCUUCUUCUUUCACGGGCGGCCCAAGAUAUAUGGCAGAAAAUUGUAAGGAUGCAUUUGCAAUUUGCCGUUGGGCUGGAUAUCCUCAUCUUUUCAUAACAAUUACCUGCAAUCCUAAGUGGCCAGAAAUUUCACGAUUUCUUAAGGCUAGAACGCUGAACGCUGAAGAUCGUCCAGAUAUUCUUUACAGAGCAUUCAAGUUCAAAUUGGACCAGUUGUUACAGGAUUUAAGAAACGGGCAUAUUCUUGGCAAAAUUAAUGCAUAUGUUUGUACAAUUGAGUUUCAAAAACGUGGGUUGCCUCAUGCUCAUAUUCUACUGUUCUUGCAUUCCUCUAACAAGCCAGAAAGUGCUCUCGAUAUUGACAAAUUGAUUUAUGCAGAGAUUCCUGAUAAAGAUUCUGAUCCUUCAUUAUUUGCAGCUGUAACAAGUUAUAUGAUGCACGGUCCAUGUGGUCCUAAUAAUUACAAGUCUCCUUGCAUGAAAGAGGGAAAGUGUUCAAAGAAAUUUCCCAAAAAAUUCAGCUCCCGUACAAUUAUUGACGAUGAUGGAUUCCCUCAUUAUAAAAGAAUAAAUAAUGGGAGAUUUGUUAUUAGGAACGGUGUGGAGCUAGAUAAUCGUUAUGUUGUGCCUUACAAUGCAAACCUUAUUUUAAAAUAUCAAGCUCAUAUAAAUGUUGAAUACACCUGUCAGAGCAGUGCUAUUAAAUAUCUUUUUAAAUACAUCCAUAAAGGAAAUGAUCGCGUGACAGCUGCUAUAAAACAUUCAGAUCCAACUCUUGACGCAUCUCAAAAAAAUGAUGAAAUUCAAAUUUUUUAUGAUUGCAGGUAUGUGUCUGCAUGCGAGGCUGCUUGGAGAAUUUUUGGCUUUGAUAUUCAUUUUAGAUAUCCUCCUGUUCAGAGAUUGUCAUUUCACUUACCUAAUGCAAAGAAUGUUGUUUUCUGGGAUAAUGCAUCAAUAUCUGAUGUGAAGACAAGAGCUGAGUCCAGGAAGUCGAUUUUUGAGGCUUGGAUGGAAAAAGGUUGUACGAGCUAUUAUGAUUUGAGAACAAUUAAUGGUGUGCUUUUUCCUUCGUUUAAGGAUGCAUGCUAUUUUCUGGGUCUUUUGGAUGAUGACAGAGAGUAUAUCGAUGCUAUUAAAGAGACAAGUUCAUGGGGGUCAUCUUCUUAUCUUCGUAAUCUGUUUGCUCUUCUUUUAUUUAGCAAUUCAAUGACUAAACCUGAAUUUGUUUGGGAAAAGUCUUGGAAAUUCCUCUCUGACGAUAUCUUAUAUCUACAUAGGAAAAAUAUCGGAUGUUCAGAUGCAUCUCUUCCAGAAGAUUGUAUAAUGAAUUCUACACUUGCUGAAAUAGACAAAGUACUGCAGAGCAAUGGUAGAUCUCUAUCAGAUUACCCAUCAAUGCCUCGCAUAAUGAUGGAAUCAUUGCUGGAUAUACAAAAUAGAUUGGUGCUUGAUGAGUUAUCGUAUGACAGGUUAUUUUUGAUAGAAGAACAUAAGAGAUUAUUACAUUCCCUAAUUGAUGAGCAGAAAGAUGUCUACGAGAAGAUUAUUUCAGCGGUUUCCCGAGGCACAGGGUUUUUUUUCUUUCUUUAUGGGUUUGGAGGCACAGGAAAAACAUUUAUUUGGAAUACUUUGUCUACAUCUGUUAGAUCAAAUGGAAAAAUUGUACUAAAUGUUGCUUCGAGCGGAAUUGCUUCCCUUCUGUUGCCUGGAGGACGUACAACACAUUCCAGAUUUCGUAUUCCUAUUCAGAUCAACGAAGAUUCAAUGUGUAACAUAAGCCAAAAUUCUACUCUUUCUGAGUUGUUGUCGAAAACAAGCUUAAUUAUUUGGGAUGAGGCCCCAAUGGUACACAGAUUUUGCUUUGAGGCUCUUGAUAGAACACUUAGAGAUGUUCUUAGAUUUUCUAAUCCGAGUUUCUGUGAUAAUCCAUUUGGUGGAAAAGUUGUUGUUUUAGGAGGUGAUUUUCGGCAGAUUUUACCUGUGAUUCCUCAUGGUAGCAGACAUGAUAUAGUUUAUGCCACUAUUAAUUCGUCUCAUCUUUGGCCGCAUUGUAAUCUUUUGACUCUGACCAAAAACAUGCGUCUAACUUCAGGAAAUAGUAAUCAAAAUUUGAUGGAAAUAAAAGAAUUCUUUGAAUGGCUUCUUAAAAUAGGAGAUGGUGAUCUUGGAGAUGAUGUGGACGGGGAAUCUAUUAUAACAAUUCCAGAUGCACUAUUGAUCAAAGAAUCGGAAGAUCCACUAGGUGAAGAACGAACAUAUUUAAGUUCAGAUAGUGUUUUGAAGCAAGAUGGAAAUUCUGAGCUAGAGGAUGUUGAAUUCUCUCAUGUGAUUUUAAAUACCUUCUCAUGUUCGGGACUUCCUGAUCAUAAAUUAACUUUAAAGGUUAAUGUGCCGGUUAUGCUUUUGAGAAACAUUGAUCAAUCAAAGGGGUUAUGUAAUGGCAUAAGACUGCUUAUUUCUAGAUUAGGCAACCAUGUUGUUGAGGCAACUGUUCUUACAGGAAGCAAUAUAGGAGAAACUGUCUUAAUCCCUAGGCUCACUGUCAGCCCGUCUUCUCAUACGUUUCCUAUAAAUUUCCAAAGAAGACAAUUUCCCUUGGUGGUUUCAUUUGCAAUGACUAUCAACAAGAGUCAAGGACAAUCGCUUUCUCAUGUUGGAAUUUAUCUUCCUAGACCUGUUUUUACUCAUGGACAAUUAUAUGUGGCGCUAUCAAGAGUAAAGAGCAAACAAGGAUUGAAGAUUCUUAUAUUUGAGGAUAAUGGUUGUGUUGCAAAUAGUACCUAUAACAUUGUCUAUAAAGAAGUAUUUCAAAGGUUAGUGUAG